AUGCCGCCCUUCAUCAAGUCCAGGGUUAGAAACUGGCUUCAGACAAAGCUUGGCCACAGGCGCGUGGGUGAAGGCAACGAGAGUGCGGAGAUUACAGUCACGGAUGAAGUUACAGAUCUCAAGCUACCUUUCCUUCCUACUGUUCGGCCACAUGUCUUGACGCCAUCGCCUUCCACAGAGGCUUUGGCUUUGGUGACCGGCUCCCCAUUCUUUGACAAGUUUCCGCGAGAGCUGCGGCAAGGCAUACUCAUUCGAGCGUUUGGCGACGGUCUCGUCCACAUGGACCUUUCGUUUGUGCACCCUACCGCUCCUCGAGAGCCCGGGUUCGGGCGCCCGCUUCGCAGCCAUGCGGACAUCAACGCCGAUGAUGUAGAUGCUUAUUUUCCGCCUAGGGUGAACUGGGAUACAACAACGCCCAAGUCCUGGCAGUGGUGGAGCUCCGUGUGUCAUCGCCCUCUGCCACAUCAUGACAGGAGCGCGAUAGACAGGCGUAGGGGAGUUCGGGAGCCUGGAGAUGAUUAUUGCCGUUACGGGGCACCACACUACUGUCCAAAUUGGCCCGGGAUCUAUCCUCUAAAGUGUAAGAUUGGGGUCAUGGGAUGGCUCUUAACUUGCCGCCAGGCUUAUGUGGAGGGUAUCCAUGCUCUUUACGGGAUGAAUACCAUCCAUUUGUCGGGCCAAGCCCUUCUCCCAAACCUCCCUCAGUUGCUGCUACCCCAGCGACUAUCCAACAUAUCGUCUCUCGAGAUUGUCUGCCCACUCAUGUUACGUCGAGGGCCCAAGUCUCAAGCAAUCCCAGAGCUGCAUCAUCUGGAGAAUCAUCUCGCCAUGCUCAGCUCUACCUUCCCAAAUCUCACUCGUCUACACCUGGCACUCAAGGCAAAUGGAGUCGCAGAUCGACCUGUAGACCUACAAGGUGUUUUUGAGGCCCUCGACGCAUUUAUACGACGUCAAAGACCAAUUUUGGAGCAGUUCAUCGUAUCACCUUCACGCAGUGUAUUUACGCCGCUUUAUGACGCCGUUCGGCAUGCCAUUGCCGCCAAGCAGGGUAAUAGCCUAUUAUCACUCCUACUUAACGAGCUCUGGCGUAAUGUUGACGGCACUUACAUUCUUCCAAUAUGCGGACCUACUACCGAUCCUUUCGCAAAACGAUUUUCUAGCUCAUACCCUAAACCCCCAACCGCCGGUUGCCGCACAGUGGGCGCGCCUAUAGUUGGGGAUGGGUACUGGAUCAUACCAGGGGACAUGGACGAUGAAUUACCAAUCCGCUUCUCGUUCAAUCUUGUCGCGCUCUUGUUUCUCACACAUGCUUGCAUACCCGCUGCACGGCAAUACACGUCCAAAUUCUUCACUCUUUCCUACCACAAUGACAAGACUGGCAAAUACGCCGCGGGAUAUGACGACUUUUACUUUAUCGCAUUUUUCAUCAUCAUCCUAACAGGACUUCGCGCUUUCUGCAUGGGUUAUAUUCUCGCACCAUUAGCUUCCCGAUGGGGCGUGCUGGGCAAGAAGGAUGCAACCAGAUUCGCUGAGCAAGGCUGGAUGUUGAUGUACUACAACGCAUUUUGGCCGGUGGGCAUGUACCUCUACUACAACUCCAAGUACUUCUUGAACAUGGAGGAGCUCUGGACCGACUGGCCACAGCGCGAGAUAGAUGGCUUGAUGAAGGCGUACAUUCUGGGACAAUGGGGCUUUUGGAUCCAAAUGGUCCUGGUCAUCAACAUUGAAGAGCGCCGAAAGGACCACUGGCAAAUGUUGACACAUCACUUUGUCACUAUUGCCUUGCUGGCGGGCUCGUACGCGUAUCACCAGACUCGAGUCGGUAACCUCAUUCUGAUCCUGAUGGAUGUGAUUGAUCUAUUUUUACCGCUCGCAAAAUGUCUAAAGUACCUCGGCUUCACCACCAUCUGCGACGUAAUAUUCGGAGGAUUCAUCAUCUCGUGGGUGCUCGCUCGACACGUCUUGUACAUGGUGACGUGCUGGAGCGUCUACUUCGACUUCCCUAGGAUGACGCCACCCGCUUGUUAUCGCGGCAGUGCCGAUGACCUUGAAGGCCCGUUGCCCAUUCCCACGACCGGUUGGAGUCAUCUGCUGGAGCCCUUUCGCAACCCCUCCGGAGUCGUGUGCCUCAACAAGAAUGUCAUGUAUGCCUUUCUCUCAUUCCUCCUGUUUCUACAGGUCAUGAUGAUUAUGUGGUUCACGGUCAUCGUACAAAUCAUUAUGCGUAUGCUCCGGGGCAAGAGGGCCGAGGACCUUCGAAGCAACAGCGAAGCAGAAGAAAGCGACCAAGAGGAGGAAAUUGAGGAAGAUGAACCUGAGGAGCCAUGGUACUUGGAAAAAGAGUGCGUUGGAGAAGCCAUUGACUGGACGGCACGGGAGCGUCGCGGUGGCGUGACAAAUUUGAAGGGAACUGGCAGCAGUAACAGCAGCAGCGGCGUCAGCUUCCCCGGCCGCCGUGACCGCAAGGAGCUGCUGAACCGUAUUGGGUGCGAGAAACAGAUCGAAUGA